GUCGAAAUAAUAAAAAAAUGUUUCUUAACAACUAAACUAAAGAUAACUUUUUAUAACCUUAAAAUGAAAAAAUAAACAAAUUCCUUUUAGCAUCUGAAAAACCUUUAACAAUCUCAAAAUAAACCAACUAAACCAAACAAAGAAGUGAUUUCGAAAGUGAACCAAUUCUUUAAGAAAAUCCAAACAGAUUUGUUAUGUUCCCAAUAAAAUAUAAUAAAAUAUGGGAAAUGUACAAAAAAGAACUCGCUUCAUUUUGGACAGCAGACGAAAUUGAUCUUUAUUAAGAUUUGAAAGAUUGGGAAAGAUUGACUGAUGGCGAGAGACACUUUAUUAAGUAUGUUCUUGCAUUUUUUGCAGCUUCAGAUGGAAUUGUUCUAGAAAAUUUAGCUGAAUAAUUUAUGUGUGAAGUUUAAAUUCCAGAAGCAAGAGCUUUCUAUGGAUUUUAAAUAGCUAUGGAAAAUAUUCAUUCCGAAACUUAUUCUUUAUUAAUAGAUACUUAUAUAAAAGAUGAUAAUGAAAAAGAGUUUCUUUUUAAAGCUUGUCUAAAUAUUCCUGUAAUAAAUAAAAAAGCUUAAUGGGCUUUAAAAUGGAUUAAUAAUAAUGACAAUUUCGCUUCUCGAUUAGUUGCAUUUGCAGCUAUUGAAGGAAUCUUCUUCAGUGGAAGUUUCUGCGCCAUUUUUUGGCUUAAAAAAAGAUCUUUAAUGCCUGGUUUAACUUUUUCAAAUGAAUUAAUAUCAAGAGACGAAGGAUUACAUACAGAUUUUGCUUGUUUGCUUUACUCAAUGAUGUAAAAUAAAUUAGCUAAAGAAGAAGUUAAUGUUAUUAUCGCUGAAGCUGUUGAAAUUGAAAAAGAAUUUAUUUCUGAAGCUUUACCUGUUGAAUUAAUUGGGAUGAAUAGCAACAUGAUGAAAGAAUAUUUAGAAUUUGUUGCAGAUAGACUUUUGUAUUCUCUUGGUUAUCCAAAAUUAUUUAAUUCAAAAAACCCUUUUGAGUGGAUGGAUAUGAUAUGUAUUUAAGGAAAAACUAAUUUCUUUGAAAAGAGAGUUGGUGAAUAUUAAAAAUCAGGAGUUAUGUCUUCUAAAGAAGAUAAAGUUUUCAGAUUAAAUGCUGAUUUUUGAUUUAAAAAUUAAUAUAAUGUCAUCUCUUUUUUAUUAUAAAAUAAAUGGUCUAUAUACAUAUAUGUUAAAUAUUCUUAUAAUAUUAUUAUUUUAUGUUUUAUAUAAAAAAUAUUAAUUUCCUUACUACUUAAUCAUAUUUAAAAUAAA